AUGGUCACGUACAUCAUGCAGGUAGAAAAUGCAAUGAUUGUGCUAACAGUGCUGCACAGCCACAGUGCUGAGGCUGGAUUGAGGCUGCUUUGGCUGACUGGGAGAACAUCUCUGUCAGCAUUGGAACAGUCAGAACAGCAGAUCAGGAGAGCAUCCAGCCUGGAAGAGCUGCUUCGCAUCACUCACUCUGAGGACUGGAAGCUGUGGAAAUGCAGGCUAAAACUCAAAAGUCUGGCCAAUUUAGACUCCCGCUCUGCAUCACAUCGCUCCACCAGAUUUGCUGCUGCUUUCUAUGAUAUAGAUACACUGAAAGUCAUAGAUGAGGAAUGGCAAAAGACUCAAUGCGUGCCAAGGGAAACCUGUGUGGAAGUUGCCAAGGAGCUGGGUACAACAACCAACAAAUUCUUCAAGCCUCCCUGCGUGAAUGUGUUCAGAUGUGGAGGUUGCUGCAAUGAGGAGAGUCUGAGCUGCAUGAAUACAAGUACAACUUACGUGUCAAAAACGCUCUUUGAGAUCUCAGUUCCUUUGACAAGUGUUCCUGAGCCUGUGCCAAUCAAAAUUGCCAAUCACACAGGUUGCAAGUGUCUAUCAAAUACGCAGCGUCAUCAGUAUGCUAUCAUACGAAGAUCUGUCCAGUACCCGGAAGAAGAUGGAUGCCCCUUUACCAACAAACUUUGCCACAAUGGAUGGAUCUGGGAUAGCGACAAAUGUGAAUGUGUUGUAGAUGUACAGCACUCCAAUAGACGAGAAGGACUCCCUCCUCUUGCUGAGCUGGCUAUGUGUGGACAACAUAUGGAAUUUGACGAAGAAAAUUGUGAAUGCAUCUGUAGACAGAAGUGUCCCACAGAUUUCUUUCAAAGUAAAGAGAACUGCAGCUGCUAUUUGUGCAGGGAAAGCCAUGAGAGCUGUGCUCUAAAACACAAGAUAUUUCAUGCUGAAACCUGCAGCUGUGAAGACAAAUGUCCAUCCCAACCCAGAACAUGCCCAACUGCAAAACCAGUGUGUUCCAGGCAUUGUCGUUGUCCGAAGGAGAAGAGAGGUUCCCAUGGGUCCCAAAGCAAAGAAACUCCUUGAAUGAGCUUCCCUUAUUCUCCAAAAAUCCACUGCUUUGCAAAGUAGCUGUCACUGACUUUCAAACAAUAGUAAAUAUGAACAUCUUCCACAUUAAUAGCAGAAGAAUGAAUCCAGUCUGCAUUUAUUUAUUAGAGUAAUCACUAACUGCAGGUAAAUCCUCUGGGACAUUGGUAAUUGUUCUCUAAGAGGUAACAACAACAACCGAUGAAUUCCUGUCUGUGCAGAAGAAGGAGUGGAAAGUGCCAGUUCAAUGUUACGUUAUGGAAGAUGAAGCUGGUAUAUUGGUAAUAGAGUCACAGUCACCAGCCAGUCUUUCAGAAAUUGAGACUGAUAAUCUUAGCCUCUGAAUCCUUAGCUAAUGCAGCUCCUGGGUGAAACUUUAUUCAGAAAUUCAGUGUACAGGAUGUGGCUUCUAAUAGGUUCAGCACUGAGUUAUUUGAUCUACUGUCCAGCUUUGAUUAUCAUUUUGAAUUUAUUGUACAACUACUGUCAGAUGUGCCAUAUUUAAGUGUAUAUAAGAAAAUAAAUACAUCAGUUAUUCGA